AUGGCUCCGAGACUCACAACCGUCACACGUUACAAUACUCACGAUGAGUACUCGGUCGAUUUCUUUGGAAGUGAUUUGUUCGUCACCGUAACCGCGACUCCCUCCGUCAUCAGGCGAUGGAUCCGCACUGCCGUCUUCCUCCAUCGCCGCUCGCAUUACAAUCAACCUCUCGUCGUCGGAGUCGGCGUCCAGUGGACACCGGCCGGGUACUAUUCCGGUAGAUACUAUGCCGAAUCUCCGGCGGAGACUCUCCAGUUAUGCUUGGGUAAACGGUGUAUCAUCAUCCAGCUGUCUCACUGCGAACGUGUCCCCCGAAUCCUCCGCAGAUUCCUCGUCGAUCCGAAGAUAACGCUCGUCGGAGUUUGGAACGGUCAAGACGCGAGGAAGCUGGAGCAAUCAAGUCAUGGUUUGGGAAUCGGUGAGCUUGUGGACAUUAGGCAGUACGUGGUGGAUUCGGAGGGGUUUAGCCUGAGUCGUUGUUCGUUUGAGGUGGUUGUUGAGGUGUGUAUGGGUUAUCGAGGGGUAAGGCUAGAUCCGGCGAUUAGCAUGACUGAUUGGGGGGUUUGCGACCUUAGCCAUGGACAGAUUCUCCAGGCGUCAAUAAAGGCUUAUGUUUGCUGCAUGCUCGGUGUUUGGGAAAGUCUAGGGGAAGUUUGAGAAGAUAUAUCAAAGGAAUGUAAUCAAUGUUGCUUAUCCUGUUAGGGUUUAUGAGGAUACAAAGCGGUUUUUUUCCUCAUUAAAAAAAACAAUUCAGCUGUUUUUCACUUGUUGAUCCAUCUUU